UAGAAAGCCAGAAGCCACAUCGUCUUCUUCUUCUUCUUCUUCGGUAUGAAAAAAAACACCGCGCCAACAAAUCCCAUCAUCCCACAGAGAAAACUUUCUGGAUGGAAAACAGAAGAAGCAGCUUUAACUCAAUCAUCAUCGUCAACGCUGCUUGAAAGAUGCGCAGCCUCACUCUAACUCUCAGAUCCUCUUCCCUCCCAUUAUUCACCUUCACCUCCUCCUUCAGACGAUUCCAUUUCCUCAAGCCAUGCUCUUCCCUCAAACAAACGAAGAAGAACCAACAGUCUCUCCGCCGUUCCCCGCCUCCUCCUUCCAAGAGUCUCCGAUGGUUCUUCAAUCCCAAAUCCAGUAGCGACGAAAACGACGACGCUAAAUCCUCCAAAGCUGAGAGCGACGAAGGAUCAGGUGGGGAGGAUGCUGCUAUCAAGGGUACUAUUCUUGCCGGAGUUUUGUUGAUUGGCACCGUUGGCGGAUUCGCCGGCGUUGGAUACGUCUACAGAGACCAGAUCAAUUCCUUUCUCACUCAGUUCUCCACUUUCAUCGAAGGUUAUGGUCCGGCUGGGUAUGCACUGUUCAUUGCCGUCUAUGCUGGCCUUGAGAUCCUAGCCAUUCCGGCUCUCCCGUUGACCAUGUCGGCUGGUCUUCUCUUUGGUUCCCUCGUUGGCACCAUCAUUGUUUCUAUCAGUGGAACUAUGGCUGCUAGUGUUGCUUUUCUAAUUGCUAGAUACUUUGCCAGAGAGCGUAUCCUUAAGUUAGUUGAAGGCAACAAGAAGUUCCUCGCCAUUGAUAAAGCCAUCGGUGAAAAUGGGUUUAGGGUUGUUACUCUCCUUCGCCUAAGCCCUCUGCUUCCUUUCUCUCUUGGCAAUUACCUCUACGGAUUGACAUCGGUCAAGUUUGUGCCUUAUGUACUUGGAAGCUGGUUAGGUAUGCUUCCAGGAUCUUGGGCUUAUGUCAGCGCUGGAGCUUUCGGACGAGCUAUCAUUCAAGAAGAAUCAACUGUUGGGUUGCCUGGAGGAAACGGCCAGCUUCUAACGCUCGGGUUGGGUCUGUUGGUAACUGCAUUAGCUGCAACAUAUGUAACUGGCCUUGCAAAGGAUGCCAUAAAGGAUAUUGAUGAUGAGUAGAGAUAUGCGUACUAGGAGAAGGGAACAGAACAGUCACGGAUUCAGCUGGAUGAGCUCUAGGAUCUGUAAAACCUUAGUGGAGAACCAUGUUUCAGUCGUUGAAUGUUAUAUACGUGAUGACAUUAUCAUUGUUCAUAAUUUGACAAUAUAGUUCCAUUUUUGUUCUCUA